UCGCUGCAGCAUAAACAGUUCAAACUCUGGAGCUUUUUUAUGACUUAGCUUUUUAUUUUUGUUAAAGGUGGAUUUCAGACUGCAUAGCGCUACCAGGAACAUAUGAACUGACAGACCUCUCUAAGGACCGGCAGUCAGUUUGCAUUACAGAGGCCCAGCAUGAAUAUUAACUGUGCCAGUGGGACUGACCAGUCAAGAAAUCAAGAGUCUAAUCACCCUGCAGAAAAUAUAACUCCUCCAGUCCAUGAUCCAGAAGAAGAUAGCCUGGCCCUAGACAGCCAAACCCCUAGCAUUUCUGCAGUGCCCAGGGAUGAUGAUACCGAAUUCAGAUACGCUUCUCGCCCAGCAACUCCCCAGUUCAGUAACAUGCCUGAAGAUACAACUGGCACUAAUCCCAAAGCUGGGAGUAAAAGACAUCUAGACCAUUUUACUGCUCAAGAAAGAAAUGGAAGCAGCGCCAUGGGCUCCACCAGUAGUUCACAAUCCUCCCAGGCCCCAGAGAAAGUGACUCUUGUUGUAGAUGGCACUCGAUUUGUGGUAAAUCCACAGAUUUUCACUGCUCAUCCUGACACCAUGCUGGGAAGAAUGUUUGGAGCAGGUAGAGAAUAUAAUUUCACUCGGCCAAAUGAAAAGGGAGAAUAUGAAAUUGCAGAAGGAAUUAGCUCCACUGUAUUUCACACAGUGCUGGAUUAUUACAAAACUGGAAUCAUUAACUGCCCCAAUGGAAUUUCUAUCCCUGAUCUCAGAGAUACGUGCGAUUACCUCUGUAUCAACUUUGAUUUCAACACAAUCAAAUGUCAAGACCUAAGUGCUUUGUUGCACGAACUCUCUAACGAUGGAGCUCACAAGCAGUUUGAUAACUACCUGGAAGAGCUUAUUCUGCCCAUAAUGGUGGGCAGUGCCAGGAAAGGAGAACGGGAAUGCCACAUUGUAGUAUUAACAGAUGAAGACACAGUGGACUGGGAUGAAGACCAUCCACCUCCAAUGGGAGAGGAAUACUCACAAAUUCUUUACAGUUCCAAGCUGUACAGAUUCUUCAAGUACAUCGAGAACCGUGAUGUUGCAAAAACUGUCUUAAAGGAGCGUGGGCUGAAAAAUAUUCGAAUUGGCAUUGAAGGUUAUCCAACAUGUAAAGAGAAGGUCAAGAGGAGACCCGGAGGCCGGUCAGAAGUUAUAUACAACUAUGUGCAACGGCCGUUCAUCCAGAUGUCCUGGGAAAAGGAAGAAGGAAAGAGCCGUCACGUCGACUUCCAGUGUGUUAGAAGCAAAUCUCUAACAAACCUGGUGGCAGUAGGUGAGGAUGUUUCAGAAGACCAGGAACUUCUGAUGCAUCAUCCACCCCAGGUAGAUGAACUUGAUAGGUUAAAUGCACCAUUCUCACAAAUGGCUCCUAACGAUCUGCCGGAUUAGUACAGACUAAGGGGUCUGCAGCUUCCCAGUAGCUCUGUGCUGGGAAAUUUCUCAGCAUCGUUUCAUCCCAGGACAUGGGACACGCUCUCUUGCAAGGUGUUUUAUCCUUGUAGUCGCUCUUCUUAUAGUGGAGUAUUUCAAGCAUGUUAAUAAUGAGCUCUGGUCCCUACAUCUAACAGUGCAAUUGCAAGGACAAUUGAGAAGGAAGGGAUGGAAGGAAGCUCCUUGCAGCCGGAGGCUUUGAGAUUUCCCCAGAUGCCUGUGCCCACGUGGAUUGGUGGUGGUUGAGCUUUACCUAAACCUGUGAAAGAACAGAAGUGUUUAAAAAAAAUAAAAAAUUCAUUGAGAAGGGAAAUGCUAUGAGUAUUAGCAUCAAAAGAGAAUUAUAUUGUAGGCGCUUGCCUUUGUUUUAACGAUAAUCACUCAGUUACAAAGGGACCAACCAGCACCGCAAGACAGAUUCCACUUUUCCAUCCAAGCGCAGAUGGGACACCAUUGUGUCAGUAAAACGCCAGGGGUGAAGGAAUCUGUUUGCACUACCAGUAGGCUUGGCAUCCAGCAUGUAUACUACUGUAGUCUAGAAAGGUGGAGAUGGUUUAACAAGUAGCAUUUGGCUGUUCACAGGCCAAUGCCCAUUUACAGUUCUGUGCAAGUCAGAAUCACCUCUCUUUAUUAAGGACACGGUUUUACUGUUGAGCUUAACUAGAGUAGAAGGUGGUGUGGAAUGACAACAAAUCUAGAUAAUAUUUUGCCAAAUAAAGCAGUCUGACUUA